UGAGAGUCCUCCUGGCGUUGUCUGCCGUUUAGACCCGUGUUUCCGUCAGUUCCUGUUUUCUGCAACAACAGGGACCGCGAUCAAAAGAAUCGAGAUUCUUUUUUUUUCAGAGGUAAUAUACGGAUGACGUUGCGUAUCACAGCAAUACACAGGCCGCCCGGCCUGCUAUCAGUAGUUUUGUUUUCGAAUGCACAUCCUCUGUGAACGUUGCUACGGGGGGAGGUUUGUGGUGACGAGGCUACGGUAGCGGUCUGCACAGACGGCAGGCUGUCGACGUAAACUAGGAAGUUUUGCGAAACUUUUCAAGUACAACGCUACCUGCGGCUGGUUUUUUUCAGACCCGCAGUACCGCUCAUGACCUCGGACCUAGGUGUAGACGCAGCCCAAGGAGUGUGUCCUAAUCUGCUACUAACGCAGAAGAAACCCCCCAACUCAGCCAGUUCGGUGGCAGAGCGCAUGCACCUGGACAAGUACCUGGAGGUGAAGCCAACCCCCCUGAACCCCAACGCGGACGUGUUUCACAGCAAGAAUGCGACCCCCGCCACCCUUGAGUGGGAGCGCAGCUGCUGCCCCGCUUCACAGGGGGCUGCUGCCACGGUGCAGGAUGGCUGUGUGGACGGUCGGGAGAUUCCCGAGACGGAGCUGCGAGCACUGCUCCGACAACAGCUGGAAUACUAUUUUUCCAGGGAGAACCUUGCGAACGACACAUACCUCCUGUCCCAAAUGGACGGCGACCAGUAUGUGCCCAUCGGAACAGUGGCCAAUUUCAACCAGAUCAAGCGUUUGACGAGGGACCUGAACCUCAUCGUUGAGGUGCUGCGGACUUCCCCAAAUGUACAGGUGGACGAAGCCGGCCAGAAGGUGCGACCCAAUCACAAACGGUGUGUCCUCAUCCUCAGGGAGAUACCAGAGACGACGCCUGUUGCGGAAAUUGAAUCAUUGUUUGCCGGAGAGAGGUGCCCCAAAUUUGUUAGCUGCGAGUUUGCGCACAAUAGCAGCUGGUACGUUACGUUUGAAUCUGAUGAGGAUGCCCAGCAAGCAUACCGGUACUUGCGUGAGGAUGUACGAACGUUCCAGGGACGUCCCAUUCUGGCGCGCAUCAAAGCCAAACCCAUCUCCAGGGCUUCCUUCUUGCCUCCAUACAAAAAUGGGCUGCGACCUCCACCCCCUGCCGCUGCUGCUGCAGCAGCAGCAGCAGCAACAGUAGUGGCGGCUCAGCCCCCACAGCCUCCUCCACAGCAGCCUGCCCUCUUGCAGGCUCCAUUAAAUUAUGGUGGUGGGAGCCAAGCGUACCCUCCAUUUUACCCACCCACCAUGUUGCAGACCUGGGCUCCGGCCACCCCUCCAUGCUUUGAUCUUGGCACAGUGUUUUCCGUCAAUGGACUGGCUCCACAGGCGACCUAUAAGCCUGUCAACGGGGGACGUUACCUUGGACGUCCUGCGCGUCACUCAGGAGGGCCCAAAGGUUACGUGCGCAACGAUGACUCUUCCUCACGAGGAGGUGGGGGCCUGCUGGGUAACUACCCGCCUCAUCCCAACCAACAGCAGCCAUCCUAUGCCACUUCCUGGGAGUUCUUACCAGGGACCAAGCGGGAGGGGGGCCUCUUCUCACUCUAUGCUCGGGGGCGAGACGCUGCUGCACCUCAGUUUGGCACUAAGGAUGGCUUCUCUCACCAGCGCUCAGCCCAAGAGAACGGACGACUUAGGAGACGCAAGAAAGAGGAUGGAUCUCUAUCUGGAAGGCAAGGGGGAGGGGGAGGAACGGCUCCUUUUCCCCAAGAUGGUAGCUCAAGCAGUGGGGAGAAAGGAGGACUACUGCCCAAGUUUGAUCUAGAGGAAGCUGCCUUCCCACCACUGCCAGGAUCUCUACUGGAGGAAGAGGAAGAUGAGGCAGCUUCAAGCAGAGUACUAAGAAGCGCGCCAGCCGAGGGAGUGGGACGUCUGUCUGACGUAGUCCGAGGGUCAGGAGGGCGUAACCGUCCCCCAACUGUCCCGCCCGUGGUGCUGACGCCUCCAGCUUCUCCAGAGCCCACUGAGGAUGCCACCGAGCGAAUCGAACCCUCCCAGCCCACACAGACAGUACGACCGGAUGUUCCUAAUGGCACGCAGACUGCAAAGACCGAACCAGUGGAGGCAGCACCAACCACCACAGCACCGCGCUUAACGUAUUCACAGGUAGCGGCAGCGAUGGCCCAGAAAGGAGCCCAGGAGGCACCCCCCUGAGUUGCUCACACCCCUGCCCAAGACUAAUGAGCUAUCUGCUGCUGCUGCUGCUGUUGUUGUAACGAAGGGAUUGUGGUGUGUUAGAAGACGAACCACCUUUACCAAGGACAACGUACGCACAGUGUGUUGCCUGUGACGAUUAUAUUUUGAGCAACGGGGAGGAGGACACUAGUCAGUGCACAGGGGACAGGGUGGGAAGUUUAGAUGGGGGAGCGAAUUCUUGGGACGCUCACUUGGGUGUGUGCGCAGUGUACAUAGCGUGGGACAAACACACAAGACAGCUACUCGAACGGCUGAGUGCUCUCCUGCGAGAAUACCACAUGCACUUCCCCGUAUCCUUUUUUUUUUUUUUUUCCAUUUUCUGCUUUAUUGCGAUUUCUUUUGUCCAAGUGCCUUAUGUUUGUCCAUUCUUGUGUUGUUUUCCUUCUCCAUUGUACUCCUUAUAUUUUUGAGGCUUUGUGAUUUAACUUUGCUAUACAUGCAACCUGAUUUAAAAUGCCAAGAGGUGUAUAAAUUAAUAAAUGCACGCAAGCAAGCACUAGGAUGCCUGCAUCGUAUUCCAAGGAAAGGUUCCUAGGAAGGAUGGCUGGCUGGUAAGGCAACUGUACUAGACCUAGCUGCACUUUGAUAUUCAUGCAACACGAUUUAACUGCUAAGUGUACAAAAUAAAGAACAAGGAAAUCUA